GUUAGAUGACCAAAGUACUUAGUAAAACUGCCAGGAAACUGAAAAAAAUCCAGGGUACUGUGAAACUUGUGGCAAAGGGGUCCUGGGUGAAAAGACGGUAUUUAGGAAAUAAAAGAUAAGAGGAGCACUGCAUGAUAUUAUCUAAACAAGCUUCCAAUCUACUACACAGGUCCUGGGUAAUCGUUUUGACGCUGGAGUUUGCUACCAGCAUGUGGAGGAUAACGUGGUGCUUACUACUACUGGCCACUACUUGCUGGCAGAGAGGCUACACCAAAGAGGGUGAGAAUCCCCCCAGCCCCGGACAUGUGUCUGUGGUCAUUGUGGGUGGCACAGGAGACCUGGCCAAAAAAUAUCUUUGGCAAGGAUUUUUCCAUCUUUAUUCCACUCAGGUCGGCAAAGGCUACACCUUCUCAUUCUAUGGAGGGGGGCUUUCUCCAGACGAUAAGGGGACUGCGCUGCUCUUUGAAAUCCUGAAGGAGCUGAAGUGCCCAUCAGAGCUCACUGCAGAGCGCUGUGCACUGGUUAAAGAGCAGUUCCUGCGACUUUCGCAGUACCUCCAGCUCAAGACUGUGGAGGACUAUGAGAAGCUCAGUCAGCAGAUCCAGCAGCAGUUGAAGCAGGAGGGCAUGGUAGAGGCCGGUAGGCUGUUUUACAUGUCUGUCCCUGCCUUCGCCUACGCAGACAUCGCAGCGAAGAUCAACAGCACCUGUCGGCCUCCUGCUGGCACAUGGCUCAGGGUUGUCCUGGAGAAGCCGUUUGGCCAUGAUUUUGGAAGCGCCCAGCUUCUCGCCACACAACUGGCCAGUUUUCUUAAAGAGGAGGAGAUGUUCAGGAUUGAUCAUUACUUGGGGAAAGAGGUUGUCUCCCAGAUUCUGGCCUUCAGAAAAAAGAAUAAUAAUCUUUUAGAGCCGAUUUGGAACAAGCACCACAUUGAGAGAAUAGAGAUUGUGCUGAAGGAAACACUAGACUGCAAAGGCCGGAUUCAGUUUUAUGACCAGUACGGGGUCAUCAGAGACGUGCUCCAGAAUCACCUUACGGAAGUCCUGACCCUUUUAAUGAUGAGCGUACCUGCUAAUCUUUCCAGCAGUGAAGAAGUCCUAAAGAACAAGCUACAGGUUUUCAGCACCCUUGAGCAUCUUGAGAGUAAAAGUGUGGUUAUAGGUCAAUACCAGAGCUACACUGAAGAGGUUCAGGAGGAGCUUAAUAAAACAAAGGAUUAUUUCAGCCUAACCCCUACUUUUGCUGGUGUCGUCAUUUUUGCUGACAGUCCCCAGUAUGAUGGCAUUCCCAUAUUUAUGACCUCAGGUAAGAUGCUUGACGAACGGGUUGGGUACGCUCGGAUUCUUUUCAAAAACGACAUAUUUUGCGUUCAGGACUACGACAAUGUGAACUGCAGGCCCAGACAAAUUGUGUUCUAUCUGGGUCAUGGAGCCCUGGAAUAUCCAGCAAUUCUCGUCAGCAAAAAUUUGUUCAAGCCGUCUCUGGUGAACAGUGGUUGGAAAGAAGUUACUGAGCAUAAAGAUGUGAAUGUGCUGGGGUUACCGCUCUCCGACUAUUAUAUCCAGACCCCAGUUGUGCCCAAAGAGGCUUAUUAUGAGCUAAUUUCUAAAAUCUUCCAUGGACGUAAGGACAGCUUUAUCAGUACUGAGAACCUCCUGGCCUCAUGGGCUUUCUGGACACCACUGUUGGACAGCCUGGUUAGGGCCUAUCCUCGGCCAUAUCCGGGUAGUGUCGCCAAUGGUGACCUGCUGAACUUCGAGCUGCGUGGUCGAGAGGCUGCUUUUGUUAACGAGGCGGUGGUGAAUGUGAUCCAGCAAGGCCAAGACGAGAACUUCCAGGUCAUGCAAGGGAAGUACCGUGGUGUUGACAUGGUGUCAGCCUGGGCAAAGGAGCUGGUGGAGCGCUUAGCCUCUGACCUACAAAGCGCGGCAGAAGAGGCCAUACGCGAUGAAGGUCAGUUCCAUCUGGCAUUGUCAGGUGGAUCUAGUCCUAUUGCACUGUUUCUUCAGCUGGCUCUGCACCAGUAUACCUUCCCAUGGAGUCACACUCAUGUGUGGCUAGCGGAUGAGCGCUGUGUGCCGCCCACUGAGGCGGGCUCCAACUUCCGCACCAUUCAUGAUCAGCUGCUUCAGCAUGUACGCAUUCCAUACUUCAACAUUCACCCCAUGCCAGUGCUGCUCAACCAACGCUUAUGCGUUGAGGAAGAUGGAGGAGCUAUCCUCUAUGAGAAUGAGAUCAACCAGCUAGUCAACGCUUCCAGCUUCCACUAUAUACUGCUUGGUGUAGGUGAGGACGGCCACACUGCCUCACUGUUUCAAGAUAGUAAGCUUGACGAGAGCGGGGAAAGGCUUGUAACCCUUACAGAAAGUCCCAGCAAACCCCACCAACGAAUGAGCCUUACAUUCACUGCCAUCAACAAAGCUCGCAAGGUGGGGGUUCUAUUAAUGGGCAAGAGAAAGCAUGAGCUUGUCACUCAACUCAGCCGAAUUAAAGGCGAAUCAGCCAAGUAUCCAAUCACAAAAGUCCAACCAACGAAUGGCAAUCUAAUCUGGUAUUUAGACUAUGAUGCACUUUUAGGGUAAUAAUCAGUUUAAAAUGUAAGAGAUCUAAGAACUCUUGCACUCUUAUGUAUUCUAACCAGAGUUCAAUUCAAAACAUAGCUGUUGGAACAAAACCUUGUAUCUCCAUUUUUGUCACAUAAUUUGAAAAUGCCAGCUGCCCUGUGUUAAAGUUCCACAAUGAAAUAAAUGCAGCAAUGAAAUGAGAAAAAAAAAUGAUCUUCCAUCCAAAGUUAAGAUUUUUCCUUCCCCUGUGAAGUUAGUUUUGGAGAUAUAAGGUUUUGUUGCAACAGCGACAACAUGCUGUAUGAAAACCACAGAGGCGUUAUGCCUACAGGAUUGCUGGAAUUAAUUGAGUACUUCAAAUCUGAAAUUGUUUGCAUAGUUGUGAAUGUUUUUGUAUGAGGAAGAGUUAAAUUUUUUAAAUGUUGCACUUAAUUGUAUGUGGUCUUAUUGCUUUUGGAUGACUGUACAGUGUGUCCUGUAUUUGGAUAAUACAGGACAGACUGUGUGAUGCAGCAAAUCAUACUGGGUCUCACAGUCUGCAAACUCAGAAACCCUAGUAAACAGUGAUUUCAGGGGUGCUCUGAUGUAAUUGUUUUAGUAAUACUGUGCUAAUUAUAAAAGGACUUUAUUGGCUCCUCAUAAUUAUGAUGUAGGUGCAUAUAUUGGAGCGUAAGUAUAAUUCUAACUAUCCAAUAAAGAUCAUGAUAAUUAUAGUUAUGAUUGAUAUCAAUAUGAGUAGCUAAUUCCAAAACCAACUAGUUUGACGUUUAAUUGGGGACAUUAGCCAGAGCACAUUAUUAAUUUGCAAUGGUUUAGUAGAACUGUAGUAAGGACCACUGGGAAUUAUCUUUCAGAUGAUUUAUAAAUACGUUUCUGCCCGUGAUAGAGAUCAGGAAUGAUUUUUCUGUUUAACCCCUGGAUAUUAGAUGCAUUACAUACAUUUUUUAGCGUUUGGAUGCAAGGGGAAAUAAUUGUUGGACACUGUGAAUAUAAAUAUUGAAAUUAAGUGAACUGAAUGGUUAAUUCUUUCCUGCACUUUCUCUAAUUAAUCAUAUUUAAACAUAUAUAAACCAAACUUAUCUCCAAACUUAUGAAGCUGUUUUGAUCAGUUCAGUGUGUAACUAGCUUCUGGACUUAAUCAGAGAAAAAUAAAACCUCAUUAGUGUUACAAACCUAAAGUUUCAAAUAAUUGCAUCUUCAGCAUUACAGGAACACCGUGUGCACAAAGCUUAUCAGUGUAGGAGUGCAGAUUUGUCAGUAAAGUCAAAGUAAAGAAGAGAUGAACCUGAUCUUAAAUCAGCUACUCUGAGACUAUUCAUGAAUACGGACCCAGACCUGUUAACUUGUGCCCAUAGCCUCUAGAAAGACUUGCUUUCCAAAUGCAGAUUAAAAGUCAGUUCUGCUUUUAUACUUUUACUGUAUAUAUUCAACCGUAUUGUUUUAAUAAUAUUAGGACAGGCUAUACAUUUCAGGCUUUUACCACUUCUGUCAUUUCCCUGCUAUAACACCACCGAGAUAAUUGUGUGGGAUGUGCUGGUUAUACCUGUCACAAAGUGUGCACAUAAAUGCCUUAUGAUCUCAUCACGUUAGGAGGCAAAACAAUAACCCAUAAUAUUAAACUUUCAAGAGAAAACUGAAAAUCUGUUUGGAAGGCUAGCUCUUAAAGCUGCAAUCCCAAUCAGUAAUUACUUCAAGUUUACUGAAGGUGCACAUAUAAAUAUAUACAAUACUAGUUAAAAGUUUGGACACACCUAUUGGAAUGUACAUUUGUUAUAAUCAUAAACGCAUUUUGAUCUAAGUGAUUAUGCUCAAAUACAAAUAGUGAAGUCGAUGCCUAUGCAUUAGGGCUGGGCAAUAUGACAAUAUAUGUUGUCAUCAAUACUACUUUCUAAAAGCAUUCAAAGAAGACAGAAGAUAGUUUGAUUUGUUUAAAGCUUUUUGGUCACUGCAUAAUUCCAUAUGUGUAAUUUCAUAGUUUUGAUGUCUUCAAAAUUGUUCUAAAGAUGUGGAAAAUAGUAGAAUUGAGGAAAACCCCUCUAUAAGUAGGUGUGUCCAAACCUUUGACUAGGACUGUCUAUAGUUCUCAUAACCAAAAACUGGCUUUCCAAUUGCAUGAUUCCUGACCGGGCUUUGAAGUUUCCAAACAUGCACACAAUGCAACACACCGAGCCAGCGCAAGCAACUCAUACCUCAGAAAGAAGUGCCUUAUUGUUAUUAUCUGUGUACCAUCUGUGAAUCAUGGUCCAAAUAACAGCACAAAUGCCUUAUAUUUACUCAAAGAGAAAUUCCUCAGCUCAUUCUAAAUUCUUACAAACAUUCACUGAAAAUACACUAGUGACCAUGUCCGAAAAAAGAUCUGAUCUAUUAUCACAAAUUUUCCAAAAAUUAUCAGUUGCUUUUUGGAAACAAAAGAGUUUGGUGUAGUAUGUAACACUGUUAAAGUUUCAAAAUGUACCAUUCAGUCCCCAGCCCAUACAGUCUGAAUUCAUUGUUUUUGUGAUGUCAUGAAAACCAAUAUGUGUGUAUGCCUAGUCCUUCAGAAUACAGCAGUUUAAACACGGCAGUCUAAAAGGCAUAGUAACAGCCUUAAUUCUAAGAGAUGAAGAGAGUUUGGUCAGUUAAAAGUGAAUUAGAAGUUGUAUUAGUGACUACAUAAAUCUACACAAAUGUCUUAAGUCAACCUCAGGGAACAAAAUUAAAAUCAAGAGAAAUGUUGGAUAUGCACGCUUCAGUCUCGGAUGUAUCAUGAUGUGUAUUUUUAAAUAUUAUAGUGUUAUUCAUUUGUCAGCGAUGUGUGGUCCCUUUUCUCAGGUACAGUCACUUUUCUGACACCAUUGGCAAAUGGGGCACUGGGGUAGAAUUUACUCUUGAUUGAACAUAGCUUAAGUAGACAACAUACUGUAUACAGUACUGUAAAGGUAAAACAAUAUUGUCUCAGCAGUUUCCAUUUUUAUAUCAGUUUUGAGAUUCUGUAGUAAAGAAUGUCUAAAUGUUUUGGUUCAGAUGAUACAUGAACUGGUAUUCUGUACAUUGCCAGUGUAUUUGAUUUUACUGCCUUCUGUAUAUUUGGCUUAUUUGAUUUUGAAUGGCUAAUUGUAUUUCAUGGGUUCCAGUUUUCUUUUCUUUAUCAUCAUAUGUGAAAUGUGAUACACAUUCCUUCACUGUAUGCUGCUCAUGGAACAGAGAGCAUUUGAGUUAUGACCAACAACAUAUCUGAGUUUUAUCAAAGAGCGAAAUAAAGUUUUCAUAUGAAUGAGUGAAA